AUGACGGAGCGCUGGGUGUCGCAGAAGAAGCACUACUGCGAGGUGUGCAGAACGUGGCUCAGCGGCCACACGAUGAACGUGAAGCGCCACGAGCUCUCGGAGCGUCAUCUACAGAAUAUGCAAGAGAUGAUCAAGGGCAUGAAGCACCGGGAGAAGGAGCGGAUGGCUAACGAACGCCUGGAGCACGAAGAAAUCGCGCGGGUCGAGGCCGCCGCGGCUGCAGCGAUGCGGCGCGAUGAGCAGGCGCAUGCGAGUGCCGGCGGCUGCCACCCGCACUCGCAUGCGCCGGCGUCGGCUCCGCGGCCACAAGGCGAAGCCUCGUCGGCGCCCGCUGCCGCGCCGCCCGUCGCCGCUCACUGGGGCGUCUGGUCGAUGCUUGUCGACGCGGCCUCGGGCCUGCCCUAUUUCUUCAACUCGCAGACACAGCAGUCGACCUGGACGCCCCCGCCAGGCUUUCCGCUCCCGCCGCUGCCUGGCGCGCCGCUGCUGCGGGCAGGCGCCCCAACGGCGCCGGGGGCGGCGGACAUACCCCGGCGCAGACGCAGGGCAGAGACGGCGGCGUCGCGGCGCCCAGGCCCAACCGAGCGAGCGUCGUCCGCGGAGUCGCAACAAUCUCUGCUCGCCGCGCCCAUCAAGACUGAGGCACCCGAGGCGGCGCCUUCGGCCUCCUCUUCUUUUCCGGUCAACGGUCCCGGAGGCGUGGGGAGCGGAACCUCCGCUGACGCGCCGCACGUUAAAAGCGUGAAAGGCGAGGCGCAUCCCGCCGGCCCGCCUUCGAGCGGAUCUCCUUCUCCUGCUCUCGCGCGCUCCGCGUGCGACGCCGCGGCCUCCUCGUCUGCGCCUGCCUCUUCCUCUGCCCCUGCCUCGCCGGCUGAGUGGGCGAGCGCGGCGGAGGCGUCCUUCCAGCCCUCAGCGCAGUUCGAGGGCAUGCGCGCCGGGUACGUCUUCAGGAACGGUCCGCGAGGGUUGGGCUACUACGCGGAUGCAGCGUUUGCCGAAGGCCUCACGGGCGCCGCCGCGUGCAGCGAACUGCUGGGCGCGCGACGCCGCGCCGAGCCUCCGGCGCUGCCUGACGUGUGGGCGAGCAGCCCCGGCGCCCAGGGGCCUCCGCGGGGAGGGGGUGGCGGGGGCGGCGGAGACAGGAAGCGCAGCGGACGCGCGACGAGCGAAGCCUGGCGCCGGAAGUUCAUGAAGAUCGACGGCGCCGCUUCCGCGGAGACCGAGGCCGACGCCCCAGCGGAGACACCGGCUGCCGUUGGGGGGACAGAGCCCGCGCCCAGAGAACCCGCGGAGCGCGAGGGCGAGGCCGCGGCGCGGGCGGCGGCCGAGAAGGCGGCAAUAGGGCCGCAGAUCGGCGAGUGGGAAGAAGUGAAGGCAGGCGAGUACAGCGGCUUCGGAAGCUGCGCCCGGCUCGAGGAAGAGGAGGAAGAAGACAGCCAACCCGUCACAGAAGCGGAGUAUUUGAAGGACUUACGCUGGGAUAUUGCCAGUCACGGGAAUCUGCACCGCGACGACUUGGAGCCGCUCCAGAAACCGACCUACCGGCCUAUGGCGGCGGAGGAGACCGGCGACGGCAGCGCGGCGCCCGUGGCGUUCAGGAGAGCAAAGAAAAUCAAAGUAUCAGGUCUCCGAAAGCUCACUGCAGACUAG